AUGACACAUGAGAAACAAAAAGGGCUCUUCAAGUGUUGGACGGAUGAGAGAGUGGGUAUUGCACUGCUGGCUGAAGUUAACCUUCAAUGGUCAGCAGUGCCUGACUACGAACACCAGGAGUUUCCAACUCCCUCGGCGCAUCAAUGGGGCGGAUGUUCUGCUACAUUACUCCACAAGGUCGCGCCCCGUGCAAAGUCAGGCGGCAAAGAUGAGUCAGGGCUAGGCAGGUUCUCAUGGAUCAAGAUCCGGGGCAGGGACAUCCGACAGCAGGAGUCUCAGACUGAUGGGCCCCCGGCUGGUCCUUUAGAUCUUGUGGUGGUCUCUGCAUAUCGUCCGAACAAGGAAGGUACCAAUGCUGGUAGUGUUUGGAACUACCAACGGAAUUACUGGCUGAGCAAGGGGGUGACUAUGGAUCCCCGUGACAAGCUCACUCUGGAUUUGGUGGACCUGAUCAAACAAUGGAAAACGGAAGGGUGCAAGAUUCUCCUUGGGUUAGAUGCAAACGAAGAUGUCUCCUACAACUCUCCCUCUUCCUUCCGCCAAGAGAUGCGGUCAGCAGGCCUGAGCGAGGCCAUCUUACGCCGACAUCAGGGCCCUUACCCAGCGACAACCCAAAGUCGGACGACGGAUACUCCCAUCGAUGGUAUAUUUGUGACCGGCCGCGUCCGUGUCACUGCAGGUGGAUACUUGGACUUUCAGAAGUAUUUUAAGUCGGACCACAGGGGACUCUGGAUCGACAUUGACCUGGAAGCGACUCUGGGGGCUCCGCCGGUGACCUCUCCUUCCUUCCAACCACGUCGGUUGACACUGGCUGAUGGUUGGUCGGUGGACCGCUAUAUUAAGGCUGCUGAAGCGGGCUACCGGUAUUUCCGCCUUCCCCAACGCUUGACCCAAUUAGCGGAGGAUAUUUUGGUCAAGGACGGUUACCUUACGGCGAAUCAGCAAGAUCGAUUCAACACCAUUCAUCGCCAGGCCUAUGAGAUCCGCCGACAGAAUAACAACUGA